GGCCUUCAGCCAGACACGCCCCUGGGCCAAUUGGGAGAGCAGUUGGGUGGGCUGGUCCCACCAAGACCAUGAAACUGCACCCAGCUCACACUGGUGACCCAGGCUCUUCCAGACUCUGCGACCUAACUGACUCUUGGGUUCAAGGCUAGGAUGAGGGAAAUUGUGCACAUCCAGAUUGGCCAGUGUGGCAACCAGAUCGGAGCCAAGUUCUGGGAGGUGAUCGGGGAAGAACAUGGGAUUGACUGCGCUGGGAGCUACUGUGGGACGUCUGCUCUCCAGCUGGAGAGGAUCAGCGUUUACUACAACGAAGCCUACGGUAAGAAGUAUGUGCCGCGAGCCGUCCUUGUGGACCUGGAACCCGGGACAAUGGACAGCAUCCGAUCCAGCAGAUUGGGAGUCCUCUUUCAGCCUGACAGUUUUGUUCAUGGUAACUCUGGUGCUGGUAACAACUGGGCCAAGGGCCACUACACAGAGGGAGCGGAGCUGAUCGAAAAUGUCAUGGAUGUGGUAAGGAGAGAGAGCGAGAGCUGCGACUGCCUACAGGGUUUCCAGAUUGUGCAUUCUCUGGGUGGAGGCACCGGCUCAGGCAUGGGCACCCUGCUCAUGAACAAGAUCAGGGAGGAAUACCCGGAUCGGAUCUUGAACUCCUUUAGUGUCAUGCCAUCCCCCAAGGUGUCAGACACGGUGGUAGAGCCCUACAAUGCCGUGCUAUCCAUCCACCAGCUGAUAGAGAACACAGAUGCCUGCUUCUGCAUCGACAACGAAGCGCUCUAUGACAUUUGUUUCCGCACCCUGAGGCUGACGACACCCACCUACGGGGAUCUCAACCACCUGGUGUCCUUGACCAUGAGCGGGAUCACGACCUCGCUGCGUUUUCCCGGUCAGCUCAAUGCAGACCUGCGCAAGCUGGCCGUGAAUAUGGUGCCCUUUCCUCGUCUUCACUUCUUCAUGCCUGGCUUCGCUCCACUCACAGCCCAGGGUAGCCAGCAGUACCGAGCCCUCUCAGUAGCGGAGCUCACCCAACAGAUGUUCGAUGCCCGCAACAUCAUGGCUGCCUGUGACCCUCGCCGCGGCCGCUACCUGACUGUGGCUUGUAUCUUCCGGGGUAAGAUGUCCACCAAGGAAGUGGACCAACAGCUGCUGUCCAUUCAGACAAGGAACAGCAACUGCUUUGUGGAAUGGAUUCCCAACAAUGUCAAGGUAGCUGUGUGUGACAUCCCGCCCCGUGGGCUGAACAUGGCAGCUACCUUCCUGGGCAACAAUACAGCCAUCCAAGAGCUCUUCACCAGGGUCUCUGAGCACUUCUCAGCUAUGUUCAGAAGGCGAGCUUUUGUGCACUGGUACACCAGUGAAGGGAUGGACAUAAGUGAAUUUGGGGAAGCUGAGAGUGAUAUCCAUGACCUGGUGUCUGAGUACCAACAAUUCCAAGAUGUCAGAGCAGGGCUAGAGGACAGUGAAGAGGAUGCGGAGGAGGCAGAGGUGGAGGCAGAAGACAAAGAUCUUUAGCUAGGAGAGAAGCUAUAGGGCAGCCGAUGCUUGCUUUUCCUUCUUCCUCUUUAAAUAGCGAGUGAGUUUACUGUAGUGAGCCCUAUUUAUUUUUUAUUAGUUGUAGGAUAGACAUGCAGACAAAGUGUGCAAGUUUGCCAGGAGCCGUUUAGCAGUGUUGCUGGGUACCCAGGGCAGCUAGGAUGCUUCAGAGUCCUUUCUCUCAAAGCCAGCAGAACUGGGUGUCUGAAGAGUGUGUGGGAGGGAGGUUCAGGGCCAACGGAAGUAUGAGUCUGCCUCUAUGGCCAAGCUGUGUGGACCUUAUGUACCAUUCGACAGGCUGACUGGAAAAAGACAAAGGGAGGCAAGAAAAGCCACGUCUCUUCUCUCGGCUCCCACCGUCCAAAAGACCAUCAAGAGCAGAGCAUUCCAGUCCCCCGGCCUUUGUUUCCCAGUAACCAGCUUCCAACCUAUUUCUCUGUGUUUUCUUAAUAGAACGAGAUGCCAGUAGUUCGCUAAUGAUUGUCCUUGGUUUUCCUCUUAAAGACUGGGGACGCUCUUUUCAUUUUCUCUCACUCACCACCCCUGAGGCUGCUGUACAGCCACUCCGCUCUCUGGAAAGGGCUCGAGGCAUGCUCAGCAACCAUCCGAACGCGCAGGGACGCAGCCGAGAUGCCACAGCAUCCUCCUUGGUGACAGAGGACACGGUCUCAUUAGGGAACUUUUAUAGUUCAGAUUAAUUUGCAGAAGUUGCCAUAGACGUUAGCAGGAUGACACAGCUCUAAGCUUUAUGCAGUUGCGAUUCGCAUUAUAACAGGACUGAGCACACAGGGGCCUCUUACAGUUUACCUAGGCCUGAGGUACUGUGGUCUUCGUAGUUUGCUGGAAUUAUCCAACUCUCCUGUUUGACCUCUCCAAAAGGGAGUUAUUUGCAUGAUACUGGGUUCUCAAGUCAUGGUUUGUCCCCAGGAUGGGGAGGGAUGGAACCCAAGGCCUUGGGAUGUGCUAGGCAAGUCCUCUGUCACCAGCUAUUCCCUUGGGCCCCAGUUUAUAAUCAAUAAUAGAGCGGCAGGUGGAUGGCAUUCUCUUCGUACGUGCACUGUGAGGAAAUACUUAAAAGUUCCUAUCUAGAGGAAAUCAGGCCCUAUUGUUGAUAUGACUUGCCAAGCCCCAGUUUAUAUAACUGAAAAAAGCACUAAGUCCUUUAAAUACCUUCCACUUUGGUGUGGACGGAGAAACACUGGCUUAAGUGAAAUAUGCACCUCUUCAUGAUUAGCCGGAAAAGCUUCCUUAGGUACCAACAAGGCUUACAGCUCACGACUCUGCGGAGUCAGCUGCAUGUUUAACCUGGACACUUUCACUGUAAGCUUCAAAGGGCAAUUACAUAGUGCAAAAAACAGACCUUAAUUCUUUUGGAAAAAAAAAAUUAUUUUGGCUUUCUAAGACUGUGAAGACUUCUGUUCGUUGUUCACUAGCAAUCACUAAAAUGCAAAUA